AUGUUAGGCCGAAUUUCUGUUGUAAAGUUGCAGGCAUUAGCCUCUGAGUUGAAGGCGGGUUUCACAGAAGCGAUGCAGGAGCUGUCGCGAAUCCAGCAUGGCGAGUACGCCUUGGAGGAGAAGGUCAAGAGCUGCCGCUGUGCCAUGGAAGAGAAAGUGGCUGAGAUGAAGAACUCCCUCAACACCUUCAAGGAGGAACUCAGUGAUGCGAAAUCAAUGAUCGAAGAAAUCAGUGCCAAGCAGGAGGAAAUGCAACAGAAAAUUGAGCAGUUGCAGCAGGAGAAGCGGCGCGAAUCACGGAAAGUGAAAGCUAAAAGAGCACAGAAGGACGAUCACAGCUCACAAACAGUGCCUACACCUCUCCAGGGCAGCCCAUUUCGAUCCAUAAACCUCCCAGAACCUGUACUGAUCAACGAAGAUUUUACAAGUCUUUUGCACAACGUGACUUAUGAAAAAGUGUCUGACACCAGGAUCAUGCCAAUAGGAGAAGGAGGUGUGAAAGUCAUAGGAGGUCCAGGGGCAGCCAUCGAGACAGAGGACAGCCUCAAGCCUUCGCUGGCAGCAGAUGGUCAGACAAAGGUGCAUCUGCAAUCAACAGUAUGGAAGCAGCCCAAAGAAACCAAGGACUGGGGAGAUGAAUACAUUUCCAAAGAGCAACCAGAAAGAGGGAAAGACGUGGGCCAAAGCAGAUACAGCUCAGCAGACAACAUUAUAUGUGAACCCUCUUUGGCUGCCAAAAGGCAGAACAUCGCUUUGGAGCUGCUGGAGUCAGAGAGGAAGUAUGUCAUCAACCUUUCCCUUAUCCUGAAGAUCAAGGCAACGUUGCAAGGGCCAGAUGUGAAAAGGAGCACCAAAGAGAGAAGUUUCUUCCCCAAUUCUUUGCGGUACCUGGUCCAGCAGCAUGUUGAUUUACUUCAUGCUCUCCAGGAGCGAGUGCUGAGCUGGCCACGCCAAGGAAUUCUAGGUGACAUCUUCCUGAAGUUAACAAAUGAUGAGAACAAUUUUCUGGACUACUACGUUGCAUACCUGAGGGACCUGCCAGAAUGCAUCUCCCUGAUCCACGUGGUGAUCUUGAAGGAGGUAGAAGAAGAAAUCAAAUCCGAUCUCUACAUUCUGUUCUUCCAUAUAGUCCAGCGAAUCCCUGAAUACCUAAUUCAUCUACAGAACGUCCUGAAGUUCACGGAGCAAGAGCAUCCCGAUUACUACCUGCUGCUGGUGUGCGUGCAGCGUCUCCGGGUCUUCAUCUCACACUACAGCCUCCUUUUCCAAUGCAAUGAAGAUCUGCUUAUACAGAAGAGGAAAAAACUGAAGAACACGACGAUGGAUUUCUCCUCCCUCAGGUCGUCCCUGGUGAAGCUGUACAAAGGUCUCACUUCCCAGUGUACGAGCCAAGACGUUUCUCCAACACCCAGCACAGCCUCUAUCCGUGACAGCGGGAUUCACUCCGAAGAGGCAAUGCAGUCAUUCCAACCAGCACCUUCCUCUGGCACAACAACCCCGCAUUUGUUGCCUCAGAUGAAGAAACCUCAGCCAACUGUCCUGGAAAACAUCCAGGCUGUAAAGCCCCCUGACUGGGAAAUGGAAAGCAGAAAACACGAGAGGCCAGAGAACAUCCUUGCAUCCUCUCAGCUCACUGAGCAGGAACUCAAGGCUCUGACAGCUCCUUUACAAUCCAUCCCUGAAAUGGAGUAUGAAGCACCACCUGCCGACGCAGUGGGAAACCCAGAGAGAGCCAUCAGGACCUCUGUAGAGCUGCUGCAGGAUGCGAGGAACUUUGCGCCAAGCUAUGAAGAGUUUGAUUACCCUGGGGAAGUCUUCACCAUGCCAGGUCCCUAUGAAGAAGAUACUUUCCAAAAUCUUGCUCUCUUUGAGAAUUGCUCGCCAGCCUCUUCAGAAUCCAGCUUAGACAUUUGUUUCCUUAGGCCUGUUAACUUCACGUCAGAACCAGAGAGGACAGAUCAUGCCUUACAGCCACUGCCUAAGAGCAGUACUCCUGUGAGCAGCAGCACUUACAAGCGUGAGAUGUUCCACAGCAAAGGCAAGCAGCUGAGCAGGUCUCUGAAGGAGCUGCCGAGGAGCGCUGAGGGCGUGAGCUCCAGACUCUACAGCACACGGAGCAGCAGCGGGAGCCGGCUGCAGCAGAAGCAGGAGAGGAAUGUCCAGCCUCACAUGAUCUCAGCCUCAUCUCGAAGCUCCCAAAGGAGCUACUUCCCCCCACAGAGAGGAGCGGGUGAAAAACCAAGCUUUUUGGAAGAGCUCCAUGCAGAAGACAACACCAGGUUCUGCCAGAAGGAUGACAAUGAGCAAACAUCCUUCAGCGACCACAACCCACGGCACGAACCCAAAGGGGGUUUCCGGAGCUCCUUCCGCAAGCUCUUCAAAAAGAAAUAAGCAGCCCCAAGAAAGGCAGGCCACAGCCCAAGCGCAACAGUACUUCCCUGGGUCCCUAAGGGUGGAGACAGACAGCAAGGUCCUGAGAUGUCCCCUGAUUAAUAUCAUAGGUGGAGGGGUGGGAGAGAAGACUGUCACAAAUGCAUCCUGCUCUUCCUAGCACAGGGGAGGGCCAGGCUAUGGGUUCAAGCAAAGUUCAGCCAGCAGAUCCAGUAAGCAGAGCAAUUUGCUAGCUUUUACUCCUGCUUGAUUUAAUUUUCUUCAGAGUUUUGGAAAGCUUGGGCCAAAUACCUCCACGUUCUCUUCCCCCUCAUUCCCCAAAACUGUUUUUUCUGCCAUACAUCUUCACUCUUCCAAAUUCAAGCCAGGACUAAUUCAGGCUCACCCAUAACAGACAGGUGCCUUGGCAUCCUGGCCAAAAGUCCAACAUUCUUUUCUUUCCUCCACUUUCUGAAGAAAAAACACUAAUGAAGAUGUCUUCCAGAAGGCCAGCUCACACUAUCCAGCUGGUUUGAGAAAAUCUAAUAAGCAUCAGCUGAAGCACCGGGAUUUUAUUCUGCUUAAUCAGCACUGUCUUUUCUUUUGGACUGAAAUUCUCUUCCACCUUUUAAUCAACAUGCUGUUUCUCAAACUGCCUUCUACUGUACAAAUCUCUGCUCUUGCUGUCAGAAUUGCCCAGGUCUCCACGCAGAGGACACAGGCUGAGCACAGGGCCUGCCACAAGAGACAAAGACUCUUCCACACUCUACACUCACCAUGGAUCGACGCAGAUACUGACACAGUCGACUAGCAUUGUGGCUCCUGGUCUGCAGUACCUCUUAAGCGCUCUUGGCCAGUUCUCUUUGACUUGACGCCACUUUACAGGCCCCAGCACAUGAAGCACCCUGCUUUGGAGCAGAUCUUCUAGAAAAAAAUUGAGACACAAGGGCAGGAAAGACAAUGGUGCCCCACUUUUGAAGUCACAGCAUUCCUUCAGGUGCAAGGACACUCUUCCUCCCACAACAAAGCCACAUGCACGUCCCACCCACAUCUCAAAGGACGAACCCUUAGCAGUAUUGUUCUCUGGACAAGCCUACAGAUUCUGUUAAAAAUACAAUAAGGAAAGGGAAUCAAAGCCCUCUGGCCUACAGCUCUCCCACAAUGCUAACUGACUGCACUUUCUUUUUCCUCCUCUGCUGGAGGGAAGAGGUAGGGGAAAAAGGGUCAUUUCAGCUAAAACAAAAGUAAUUUCUUAUUACAAUCAAAGUUUUCUCAGCAUUUCAAGAAAGUGACUAAGAUAAAACUUCAGGAAUUAAAAUGUUUCAGUCUAUGUCUGCUCGUCAGACUUUAUUGGGGCCAAACUGCACUGAGAAAUCCAAUUCUCCUUCUGAAAGGCAAGAAGGUAUCUUCUUGGGCUUUUUCCUUUAUCUUCUGCAUUAAAAACAAAACAAAACAACAAACCAAAACCUCCCCAAAAUAGUUAA